AUGAAUCUAUUCCAAUUAAUCAAGUGGACAGUUCAUUCACAGAAAUUUGCCGCUAUUCCUGCAAAAGGAUGGCUAGGAAAUUUCAGACAAAUUCGUUGGCAAACCACUGAUGUUCCACCGAGAGAGGAACCAGCCGCUGAUGUCAGCACGAAGGUGACACCGACGAAACAGAGCAAUCUCAUGGAAUUUUUCGACACAAGUGAUAAUACGCGUGAAACAAAGGUUAUUCAUGGUCGUUGGUGGUAUUUGGAUGAAUUACGUUUGAAAAGUAAUGAGGAUUUACAUAAACUCUGGUAUGUGCUUCUCAAGGAACGAAAUCGUUUAUUAACGAUGGAAGAAGAAUAUCGUUAUCAAUAUGAACUAUUUCCAAGUCCAGAGCGUAUUGAUAAAGUAGAGGAGAGUAUGCGCAAUAUAAUGACAGUUGUUCGUGAGCGGGAUAUUGCGUAUAAUCUACUGGAAACAGGUAAAACUGGCGAAUUAACUCCACAGAUUCGUGAGACAAGUUUCGGCCUUCUACGAUAUUAUCAACCAAAGGAACGUGUUUUACCAUUCUAUAAAAAUCGUUACUAUCAACUAUUAUGGGGCAAACGUAGAGCAGCGUCGUGGACAAAUAUCUUCAAACGACGUUACAAUGAAUUUCAAGAACAUCAAGAGCAUCAAGAAACUAAUCGUAUUCGAGAAAUUGUUGCGAAUGUUAUACAAAAAUAUCCACAUUUACGUAACGAAGAGGAACGUGUCAUGGAGGAAUAUAAGAAACGUUUCGAUUUCGAACAAUAUCAUAUACCAAAACGAUUGGCACGAAGACCGAAGAUACGUGCACAUGAAACUGUUUGGAAUGAACAAGAGUUCAUUGAUCAUGGCGAUUUGAAGGACUUGAAUAGUGAAGAUUAUGAACGUUUACAACAAGAAAAAGCUAGUCGAAUGCGUCGAAAGAAGAAAUAA